AUGAAAUGCAGAGCUUUUGAUUGUUCUCAAUUUAUUGAUGGAGGUCAUGAAGAAGGGGCAGACAUUGGAGAAGAUGUUAUGGUUGAAGAGGGGGAAUACAAUGGUAACAUGGAAAAUGAUGGAAGUGGUUACGAAAGCGGACACAAUGGUGAGUUUGAGCAAGAUGGAGGUAGUGGUCAACCCGGAGAAGAUGAAGGGGUGAACUAUGGUGACAUGGAAGAAGAUGGAAGUGAUGAAGAAGGAGUAGACUAUGGUUCCAUGGAAGAUGGAAGUGAUGAAGAAGGGGUAGACUAUGGUGAUAUGGAAGAAGAUGGAAGUGACGAUGAAAACCAACAUAUCCAAGUUGAUAGUGCUGAUGACAUUGUGGCAUUGGACCUGAGUGGUUUAGGGCCUCUAUUUGUAAGGAGAAUUGAGUUUGGAAGCCAAGACAUUGCAUAUGAGUUCUAUAAAUCCUAUGGAAGAGCGAAUGGAUUUACAGUUCGCAAAGGCAAGUUGCUUUAUUGCAAAUCGGGAGAAGUAGUGCAACUCACAUUUCUUUGCCAUAGAGAAGGAUAUAGGAUAAAAGGAAUAACUGAGGCGAAUAGAAAGCAUCGGGAAAAACCUUAUACUCGAUGUGGAUGUCAAGCUAUGUUUCGGGUACACAUAAAUAGUUUCACAAAUCGCUGGUCUGCUACAGUUUUUAAUAACCAGCACAACCAUGAGCUAGCAUCGCAGGAACAUUGUGGACUGCUAUCUUCACACUGUGUAAUGACAGAUUCAGACAUAAUGCAAAUGAACAAUAUGUUAAAAAGUGGUAUUUUACCUAAUCGCAUAUAUGCUUCAUUUGCAAAUCAAGCAGGAGGAUAUGAUAAAAUUGGUUUCCGGAGGAAAGAUCUGUAUAAUCAAUUAGCAAAACAACGACGUCUGCGAAGGUCAGAUGCAAUUUCUGCAUUAAGUUAUCUUCGUGGAUUGGGUUCAAAUGAUCCUAUGAUGUUUUUCAAGCACACUACUGAUUCUACAGGUAGACUACAACACCUGUUUUGGUGUGACGGAAAAAGUCGUCUUGAUUACCAACUUUAUGGCGACGUAGUCGCAUUUGAUGCAACAUAUGGUAAGAACCAAUACCAUUGCCCUUUAGUUGUGUUUGCUGGUGUGAAUAAUCAUAACUCUACUAUUAUUUUUGGUGGAGCUAUUGUUGCUGAUGAGAAGGAAGAAACUUAUGUCUGGGUGCUUUCACGGUUCUUGGAAGCAAUGUCUGGAAAGUCGCCAACUGCUGUAAUCACUAAUGGUGAUUUAUCAAUGAAGAAUGACAUAAAACAUGUGUUUCCAAAUGCUUAUCAUAGACUGUGUGCGUGGCACUUGAUUUGCAAUGCAUCGUCCAAUAUAGGUGAUCCUGCAUUUGUGGAUGAAUUUAGAAAGUGUAUGAAACUGUUGAUUCAUUUGGAUUGCAUGACAACAAUUGGAUCAAAGAAACAUAUAUGA